AGGAGACCACAAGGGUAACUUUAUAGGAGUAGAUCGUCUCGGUGGAGAUGCGAGAAGAACAAGCGGAAGAUGGGGAGAGAAUAAUACAAUAUAAAGAAGAAGAUAGUAUUUGUAAGCUUUUAGAGGUAGAGCUGAUCCCUCUUGAUCUUAUUCAUGAUAUAGUCUUGAGACUGCCCGCUAAAUCUGCUGUGAGGUUUCGUUGUGUCUCGAAGCUAUGGGCGUCCAUCAUCACUCGUCCAUAUUUCAUCACGUCGUUCGCGUUCAUGACUUCAUCUCGGCUACGUCUUCUUGUAUGCAUCAAAACAAGUGACAAGAGGCGCUUAUUUGUCUCACUGCCCCAACAUGAACACCCGCACACGUCCUACUCUGAUGUGGAACGUUAUCAGAUGGAUCCCCCUGAAUUUGAUACUGGUAACUACGAACCCUAUUCCGAGUCGGUCCACGGAUUGAUAUGUUGUGGAAAUUUUAUGGGGGAGACUGUAGUUUGGAAUCCUUCCAUGAGGCAACAUGUAACCUUACCCGAACCAGCUGAAUUCAGGUUUAAGAGUUACUUUUUAGGGUACGAUCCGGUCGAAGAUAAGUAUAAAGUAUUUUGCAUUGCGAGCAGCUCAAACAAUGAUCCUAUUGUCUUCACAUUGGGGCCUCAAGAAUCAUGGAGAGUGAUAAAAAAUAGCCCUAAACAUUAUACUCCUCGAUGGCCCAUGGGACAUCGAGGUGUAUGCAUCAACGGGCAUGCAUAUUAUGAAGCGAGUAUAUGUUUUGAAGUCGAUGCUAUUACUCAAUGGGAAGUCGUCCUUGUGAGUUUCGAUGUGAGGUACGAGAAGUUCAGAAUAAUUAGAAAACCAGACGAUCCUAAACUUUGUCCUUUGCUGCUUAACUACCAAGGAAAAUUAGCAUGGGUUUGUGAAGACCGUGAUGAAAAGAAAUUAGUCUCUUCUCUAAGAUUUUGGAUUUUGGAGGAUGAAGAGAAACAAGAAUGGUCGCUUAGAGACUAUCUCAUGCCUUUUCAAAUUUGGCCUCGACGUGACCCUAUCUGGCGAGUUUACUUGUCGCUAGAUGGUGUUACUCAGGAUACUGGGGUUGAAUACGAGGAAUACGAGGAGUAUAGUGGUUCAGAAACCUUCGAAGUCCAUUUAUAUUCGAAUCACAGCGAGAGUCUCAUGUCUUUGGAGAACGUUCCUCGCUAUGUUUCUCCCAUCAACUGGAACCAAUAAAGUCAGAGAGAGAUUCUUCUUAAUGUUUUUUUAAGAGGAACGAGUUUUUCUUUCCUUAUACAGAUGUAACGCACUGAGUUUGACUUUAUCAUUUUCACUUCUUUGAAGGUUCGUUUAUGCAUACAACAUGCUGAUAAUGUUUCAUUUAGUAAUCGAUGUUUAUCCAUUUCAAGACUUUUUGUUUUGAAACGUUUAUUUUAUAUUCACUAACUCUUGUUUUGA